AUGCGCGGUGAGAUCGACUGCAAGGCACCGGGCCUUCAGCUUCUGAGACACAAAGCGUUGGAGAAGCUGCAGUCAUGGCCUAGUCACGAGUUUCUGCAUAUGAAGCGAGAGUGGAAUCAGAGCGCAGAUCGACUAGCCAGCACAGCAUUGCAGAGCGAAAAGGGAAGAACGGUUGUAGCUGAAGAGGAUCGGCAAGAUCUGAUGACUCUGAACCGUCUCGAUGAAUUGUUGAAGCCCAAGCAAGAUGGUCAGCUAGCUCGGGUAACUGCGAUCGCGAGAUCAGCCAGGAGGAUACGUCAUGAACCUGAAGUGAUACAGGAGGAGAUAGUACAUAGGAUCAGGAUUCAACGAAUUGUCCAAGCUCAAGAUGAAGAGUGUUGGAUUGUCAAUCUCAAGACAUAUCUAAGUGGCGAUGUAUCAAACUUGGAUGCGGUAGAAGUGAAGAUGUGCGCCAAACUGGCGCCGGAUUACGAGAUCGAUGAGAACAAUCUGCUAUUUUUUUGCCCCAUGGCGAAAAGAGAGUCGGAAGAUCGCGAUGGUUUGAUGCGGUUGGUGAUCCCUGAGACGUUGCAGCAGGAUUUUUUGCAUCACUAUCACACGAGUCUGGAAGGAGGCCAUCAGGGUAUUGGCCGAACCUAUCAGAGGAUCAGAUCGCGAUUUCAUUGGAGAGGACUGUAUCGGAGCGUUCAACGAUAUGUGGGCGAAUGUACCGACUGUGAGACCGGGAAAGGAAACCCGAUGAUUAAUGGGAAAUCCCCGGGCAAUCUACACGCAACCUAUCCAUUCCAGAUCAUCGCCAUGGAUCAUAUACCGUCGUUGCCCAAGUCCAUCAAGGGGAACACCGAACUGCUCAUUUGGGUCGACCUUUUCUCGGGAUAUGUGAUUGCAAAGGCUAGCUCCUCUCGGACGGCACAAACAAUAGCGGAGAAUUACGAAGAAUGUGUGUUUCGACGCUUCGGAGCUAGCGAGGCUAUCAGGCACGAUCGAGAACCGGGAUUUAUGUCCGACUUCUUUCGAGCCUUCAGUCGGAUCGUAGGACAAAAACAGCGUGCUACUAUGGCUUACAGACCACAAGCAAAUGGAACAGCCGAACGAAUGGUGCAAACCCUGACACAUUCGAUCAAGAUGUACGUGGCUGAAGUUGACCAGCGAGACUGGGAUGAGUAUGCUGAGCGGCUCACAUUUGCCAUUAACACUGCAAAAGAUCGGAUCCGGGGGGAUAAUCCAUUUUAUCUGAUUCAUGGGUGGGACCCGCGAUCGACUUUGGAGGCUACGCUACCAGUGGGGAAUACGGGGACAUGA